AUGCCGCUGCAGCCGCGGCUGCUCCGCACCUACUCACGGCGCGCUGGGUACCUGCGCCCGCUGCCGCCGCCCGACCGGUGGAUCUCACCGCCGCAGAACCGCAAGCGCCUCUUCAGCUCGACCUCCAGCGCCCCCUCCUCUUCCAUCGCCAGCUGCAGCCUCUCGGACGACCCCGACUUCUCGCCGCCCGGCAAGCGCCGCCCGCAGGCCUUGGGUAAGCGCCCCUCCUGUGCCAGGCGGCUGCGGGCCCGCAGGAAGGAGAACCGGGAACCAGAGAACUUGGGGCAGGAGCAGGAGGUUCGGGGCCGAGGGAAGGAGAACCGGGAACCGGCGGGGAAGAAGAAUAAGUGGAAGCAGGGGAAGAAGCCGCGCGGCCGCACAGAGGAGCCCCGGGGGUCACCGCCGUCGCUGUCCUCGCCCUCACCGUGCCCGUCCCCGCCGCGCGGUUCGCGGCUCCGCCGGCAGGGCCCGCUGUGCGCGGCUCGGCGGCCGCUGCUGUGCAGCACCCCGCAAUGGGCCCCGCCGCCCCGCCGCGGGCCGCUGCUGCUGCUCAGCUCCACCGCCGACAGCGGGGACAACCCCUCGCCCCACCGCCGCCGCCGCCGGCGGCACGGCCCGCCCGUGCGCCUCAGCGCGCUCCUGCUCAGCACCACCAUCGAGGGCGGCUCGAGGCUGAGCGACUCCCCCCCGCCGCACAGCUCGCCCGAGGGGCGCUCCGGGCAGCACCAGCUGGGCGCCGGUGAGGACGUGCCUGAGUGGUUCCGACCAAAAGGUUUGGCUCGGAGCUGUGAGCCCGAGCCGGGGCUGCGGGGGUCCCGCCGUGUUCUGAGGUCGACGGUGCGGGGAUCCUGCCGGGUAAAAGCUCUCCCGUCCCCGCAGGAAGCCCCGAGCCCUCCUCGGGAAGCGCUGCCGCCUGCUGAGGGUGAGCCACAGCCCCCUGCGCCCUGUGACAGUGGCACUUGUGAGGAGCCCGCUGGGGUGGUUCCGUCUCCUCUCACGAGAGAUUCGGCCAAAAGAAGCUCGAGAUGUCACAGAGACCUAGGCAAAGAGUACCAGCUUGUGCCAGUGGUGGUCGUGGAGCCUCUGGAAGUGGCAAUGAAAAUAAAGAGCAUGAAACUCAACAAGCUGGCUGAUGUUCAACCUGCCUGCCUGCAGCCAGGAUCUCCUGUGGGCCGCCAAGGAAUCUUGGAGAAUGGACACAAAAGGACCAAGGGUGUCCCUGGGGAGGGCAGCACCUGCAGGAAAGCUUGUAUCAGUGGCUUCAGUGCCAGCCGCUGGGGCAGGCACACCAGGCUCCGUCCAAGAAGGCACAAGAACAAGAGACAGCAGCAGCCAAGUAACUCCAUUUUCAGACUCCAGACGAGACAAAAACGAACUCGGAAGGGAGCUCUGGAGAUGUCUGUACGUGUCAGAGACAAUGACUAUUCACUCAAUAGCUCUUAUUCCUGGGCUAGAGUUCGGGCGUCUCUGUCUUUCCAUAAAAAGAAGAAAGUGACCACAGAUGAGAGUUUCUGCAGAAGCAUGCUCUGUACCCCUUCAGGGAAAUCCCAGCUUUCAGGGUACCAAGCCAGCCUGUCUGCUGGUAAAGCUCAGGGCUGCUCCUGGUUUGCUUCCUCCAUGGUCCUGCUGACUUCCAAGGAUUCCUCCUCUGCCCUGGAGCUGCUCCUUACAGACGCAGAGAAAGUGUUUGGAGAAUGCAACCAGGAGGGGCCUAUUGCUUUUGAGGAAUGCAUUCCCUUAAAUAAGAUGAAAGAUUGCAAGAAAAUUGGAGAAGGGGUGUUUGGAGAGGUGUUCCAGAUUGACAGUGAGAGAGGACCUGUGGCCUUAAAAAUAAUCCCCAUUGAGGGGACUGAAAAAGUAAAUGGUGAGGCUCAGAAGAGCUUUGGGGAGAUUCUGCCUGAGGUAAUAAUUUCAAAAGAACUCAGUUUUCUGUCUGAGGGCUCUGUGAACAGAACUGUGGGGUUCAUCAGCCUGUACUCUGUGCACUGUGUCCAAGGGGCCUAUCCCAGGUAUCUCCUCAAAGCCUGGGACAAAUUCCACAAAGAAACAGGUUCAGAAAACGACCGGCCAGACAUUUUUGGGGCCCAGCAGCUCUUCAUGGUACUGGAGUUUGAAUUUGGAGGCAGUGACUUGGAGCACAUGAAUGGCAGAAUCUCCUCAGUGACAUCAGCCAGGAGCAUUUUGCACCAGGUCACGGCGUCCCUGGCUGUGGCAGAGCAAGAGCUGCACUUUGAGCACAGGGACCUGCACUGGGGGAACGUGCUGGUCAAAAGAACAGAGGUGAAAGAGCUUCAGUAUGUGCUGAAUGGAGAAACACACUCCAUCCCCACAGCUGGGCUCCACGUCAACAUCAUUGACUACACCCUGUCCAGGCUGGAGAAGGAUGGGCUGACCGUGUUCUGUGACCUCUCCACGGACCAGGAGCUCUUCCAAGGCACUGGGGACUACCAGUUUGACAUCUACAGGCAGAUGAAAGAGGAGAACUCCAACAACUGGACUGACUAUCACCCACACAGCAAUGUCCUCUGGCUGCACUACCUGGCUGAUAAACUUUUGAAAGGCAUGACCUACAAGAAGAAGGCAUCAACUCCCGCCCUGAAGAAAAUCAAGAUGCAGCUCAACAAGUUCCACAAGGAAGUGCUGAGCUUUGGGUCUGCCCAUGAUGUUCUGCACCACAGCAGCCUCUUCCAGUGAGCAGGAGUCCAAGGACUGAGCCACUGGUGCUGCCUUUCUCCUCUGCUUUUUGUAUGUGUUGGCACAAUGAAGUUU